AUGCUGGAGUUUCUCAACGACCUGGAGGAGGGGGCUAUUCAGCUCGACAGGAUGAAUAUGGGGGCAAAGGUCUCCAGCGUGGUAGGCAGCUCGGUUGGGGCGACUGGAGGUGUGGUCUCCAUUGUUGGCUUGGCGUUAAUUCCUGUGACGGCAGGGGGGUCUCUAGCUCUGACAAUGACAGGGAUAGGUAUGGGAAUCGCCAGCGCAGUCAACAGCGCUGUCACCACCUUCACAGAGAUCGGAGUAAAUAGAAUUCAACAGAACAAAACAGUGGUUUUCCAGAAAUUCAUGGAGGAUGUGCAGAGUCUCCAGGAAUGUCUGGACAAGGUGACCUGUCAAGCCUACACCCAAUUGGAAGAGAGGAUCAUCCCAGUGGCGGUGGGAGUUAUCAAGGGUCUUGGUAAAGUUGGAGUUAUUGCAAAAGGUAUUGAUGCAUUAGUUGAUGCUGCCUCUGCCACUAAGUUAUUGAAAAACGUAGUUGCAGGUGUUGGUAAAGGGCCUCUCGCUCUUAUCAAGUCAGCCAGGUCAGGUUUCAUGGCACUCAAUGCUCUCUUCCUUGGCAUGGAUAUCUUCUUCAACUGUAAGGACAGCAUCACUCUGGCAAAAGGCAAUGAGACCGCCUUCUCACAGUGGAUCAGGGCCAGAGCUUCUGUGUGGAGCUCAGAGAUGGAUUCAUGGAAGGUGAUCCACGACAUCCUGUGUGAGGGCCAAGAGACGUCAGAGAAAAAAAUAGCUCUUCUUGAGAAAACAUUUUAUCCGGACCUGAAGUGGCUUCAGCCCCAGCGCAUUCACCUCCACCCUAUAGUCCUCCACCAACCACUGCCCAUCCACCAGACUCCACGAACAGAACAGCAGACAACAGAAGCAGACCUCCUGUAA